ACAACUCCAUGGAUGUGUCCAAGGUGCAACUCUCACAUCUCCUCUUCAUAUAACUGCCUGUGGAAGUUGAUCUCAGCUUCCAGGAAAGACUGCAGCUUCACCUUGUUCAUGAGUUUGAGAAGCAUCGCCAGAGCUUUUACAGGAUGGCACCAUCUGAAAAGGGCCAACUGGGAUGAGCCCCCCUCAGGCAACCUGAUUGAGGGCCCAGUCUCCAGAGCUCAGCCUGGAGCUGCCACCGCGGCGGGCAGUCUCUCUGCGCGCGCGGCCAGCGCAUGGGGCUAUGAAAAUCAACAACGCCUCCGCGACGUGGUGGACAAUCCGCACUCAGGGCUGGCGGGCAAGCUCUUCGCCUGUGUCUCCGUGGCUUUCGUGGCCGUCACGGCCGUCGGCCUCUGCCUCAGUACCAUGCCAGACAUCCGCGCGGAGGAAGAGCGGGGCGAGUGCUCCGCGAAGUGCCACAGCCUCUUCGUGCUGGAGACGGUGUGUGUGGCCUGGUUCUCCUUUGAGUUCUUGCUGCGCUCGCUGCAGGCUGAGAGUAAGUGCGCUUUCCUGCGGACGCCACUCAACAUCAUCGACAUCCUGGCCAUCCUGCCCUUCUACGUCUCCCUGCUCCUAGGCCUAGCGGCUGGGCCUGCAGGCAGCAAGCUGCUGGAGCGCGCAGGGCUGGUGCUGCGCCUUCUGCGUGCUCUGCGUGUUCUCUAUGUCAUGCGCCUGGCGCGCCACUCACUGGGGCUGCGCUCUCUGGGCCUCACUGUACGCCGCUGUGCGCGCGAGUUCGGGCUGCUCCUGCUCUUCCUCUGCGUGGCCAUGGCCCUCUUCGCGCCACUCGUUCACCUGGCUGAACGUGAGCUGGGCGCGCACCGCGACUUCUCGAGCGUGCCAGCCAGCUACUGGUGGGCCGUCAUCUCCAUGACCACCGUGGGCUACGGCGACAUGGUGCCGCGCAGCCUACCCGGCCAGGUGGUGGCGCUGAGCAGCAUACUGAGCGGCAUCCUGCUCAUGGCCUUCCCGGUCACUUCCAUUUUCCACACCUUCUCACGCUCCUACUCAGAGCUCAAAGAGCAGCAGCAGCGUGCCACCAGCCCCGAACCGGCUCUAGGUGAGGACAGCAUACGCGAAGACAGCACGCGUUCGGCCACUGCCACUGAGGACAGCUCGCCGGACCUGGAGGGCACAAGCUCAGCCGGGGGUGCGUGAUUUCCCUGGGGCACUGAUGGAGCUCUGAGGACACCACGGCCGCCACUGACUGAUAGUGAGCUCACCCUGUAGCCACACGAACUUCGUCUCCGGGGUGGGGGCAGCGGCCUGGCUCCAGAAAGCCAUGAGCUUCCAGUGCAAUUCCUCACCUUGGACCUCCAUCCCAACACCAGCUUCACUGGUAACCUGGCCUCCUCUGGGGUGGCAGAGCUCAAGCUUUGCAUGUGGGCAUUUGAACAGAACCCUUUCCCUGCCCUCCUAGUUGGUCUUCCGACCCAUAGCUUAUCCCUUCAGAACACUGCAUCUCUACUGAAACAACUUGGAGACUUGACGCCUCCCCUCUCAAGACCUGGCUGCAGGGGAAGGGGUUAGAGGAUGGAUGGGAUGGGGUCUCCUCCAGGGGGCUCCAACAGGAACAUUGGGGGAAGGGGUCUUCCCAAAACCACAAGCCUUCUCUUCUCCUUGGGGACAGGAGCAAUGGACUUUCCAAAUCAUGUUGCUUUGUAUUCCUUCGUUUUAAUGGGUUCUGCCACCACACCUGAGCUACUGCAACCACAGAAUGCACCACCCACGGUGUUAUGGGCACCCUGUCUGGUAGCUUCUGGCAGGGCCCCUGGUGUGGUGGGGAGGCCUAUGUAGAGCCUUUGCUGCUGCAAAUACUCCUGGGAUUCCACUGCAACCCAAUAAAAAUGCCAGCCUUUCCUGCACAGCUCCAGGCUGAGUUCCUCUGGGGCAGUGUCACCUUGCCAUCCCUGGGGUCCUCUGAGUGCUGAGUUCCAGGAAUCAGAGAGGGGUUUUCCUGUAAUGGGGUAGAAGCCAGUAGAUACACGUGGCUGGAGUAACCAGAAUGCAUCUGACCUUGCCAGCAUCUCCUACUCAAAGUCUAGUUGUACAGAUACUCUGUCUGAAACAAUGAGCCAGGUUACCAGGUCUGACUGCAAACCCAGCCUCACAACAGGGCCCCUGCUCCCCGGGGUGCUUGACUGGGCUGGGAUUUCCAUAUUGCCUCUGGGUUCUGGCAGGUGGUGUGGGUUGGGCCUCAGCUCCCCACCCUUGUUUUCCUCCCCUUUACCCCUAGCAAUGUAUUAGCAUGCACACAGGUACCUGGCUCCACCCAUUUCAUCUGCCAGUCAAGGGCAAAAGUAGAGGGGACACAGGGAAAUAAUAACUUGGUCUUGCCAGUGACCAAGCAGCAUACUUCCUGGGCUAGGUGAGGAGGUGAAUAAACAUGGGAGAAUCCACUGUCCCACGUGGCUACUUCUUAGGUUG